UUUUUUUUAAAUUCCUAACCUUAUAUCCACGUAAUUACGUGGAUUUGGUGCGAAUAGACACAGCGUUUCCUCGAAGAUGUCAAGUGAAUCUGAUUCAGAAUACAACACAUCUGAUGAGGAAUUGCGGGAGGCGCUCGCAAAAGGUCUACUGAAGCCGGGUUUAAAUGUUGUUGUCGAGCAAAAAAAGUUUAAGAACAAUGUGCGUGGCUUGAAUGAAAAGUUGAAGGAAAUUCGUUCGGAACUACCAUGGAUCGAGAAAUUAAUGCUCAUCAACCCCCCAGCACCCUUGGCUCCAGAACUGGCUCUUCAAAUGAAGCAUCAAGAAGAUCGUCGUGCAAAGCAACUGAAGGGAAACAAAAAACUGCCACAAUACAAUCCUAUGGACGAUCCAGUCUUGAACGACUUCAAAAGAGAAACAAUGUUUCACAGGCAAGCGCAGAGUGCAGUCGUUGAAGGACUUGCCAGAUUGAAAGCAAUGAAAAUUCUGACAAAGCGACCUGACGACUACUUUGCAGAAAUGGCCAAGACUGAUUCACACAUGCAGAAGAUUAAACAGCAUUUGGUAAAGAAAAAGGCCGAAGCUCAGAGGUCGGAAAAAGUCAGGCAGUUGAGACAGCAGCGCAAGAUUUCCAAGCAGAUGCAGGUUGAAGCUACUCUGAAGAAACAUGCUGAAAAGAGGAAACUUUUGGAAGAAGUGAAAAAGUAUCGUAAAGGUGUAAGGCCUGAUCUUGAUUUCUUGGAUGAUAAGAAAAAACCAGUUCCCAAGGCUAAGGAUGGGAAAUAUUUGAACAAGAAAGGAGUGGAGAGGAGACAGAGGAAAGACGCCAAGUUUGGUUUUGGAGGAAAGAAGCGUGGUAUGAAAAAGAACACCAGAACUAGUUCAGCUGAUGUUUCUGAAUACAAGAGGCCAAAACUACCAGGUAAAGGAGGAAAGAUGGGCAAUAGUAGUAGGCAAGGAAACAAGGGAAAAUCGCGACCUGGAAAAAGUCGGCGAGUACUAAUGAAAGCUAAGAGAAAGUGAAUUUGAAAAUAUUCACCUAUGUGUACCAGCAUUAUCUCCAUCCAGUGGCAAUUUGAUCAUCCGUUAAGUGGUGAUAAGCACAGCCAAUUGUGCAGGAUGACACAAGAAAAUAGUAGUUCUUAGUUGAUUAAAUUAUUGUUUUUGUUGGUGAUUACGAGACAAUAUGAUGAAAAUGUAAGAUUUUGAUGACCAGACCGCCACUUGGUGGCACUAAUGUUGGAUGCACAUAGGCAAAUUAGGAUGAUGUGAAUUGUGAGA